AUGAAACAUUUUCUAGUUUCUCUCUGUCUCCUUGGAACGUUUCUACAUGCCUUGGCUCAAUGCAGUGACUCUGAGUUUCAGCUGGAAGGAAAUUAUUUGUUGGGUGGACUUUUUGGUAUUCAUCAUGAUACUUCCCCUGUUUUGCAUGACAGACCAGCAACCAUCGACUGCUCCAGUAAAACCUUCAUUCCUUCAAGUUAUCGGAGGUUUCAGUUGAUGAGAUUCUCUGUAGAUGAAAUCAAUAACUCUACCAAACUCCUACCAAACGUAUCUCUCGGCUAUGAGAUAUUUGACCAGUGCUCAGAUACACACAAUUUCCCAGGCAUUUUUAACUACAUAUCAGUAAAUGACUCGGUCCAACCUUGGGGUGACCCGCACGUGACUCUGUCCAAAGUGACGGCAGUGGUCGGUCCUUAUACAAGCGCUAAGGCCAUGACUGUAGCCCCACUCUUUACGAUGAAUCGUAUUCCUAUGAUCAGUUAUGGGGCUGCUAGUUCUGACUUCUCAAGAAAACAGAAAUUUCCCUAUUUCCUGCGAACAGUGCAACCCAGUAAAGAUGUCAUUGAAUUGAUUGUUAAGAUUCUGCAGCACUUCAACUGGCGCUGGGUUGCUUUCCUUUACAUUAACGAUGAUUAUGGCAACAAUGGCCUUGAAUUAUUCAUGAAGAACAUUAAGGAUACUAACAUCUGCCUGGCAUACCACAAAGGUCUCGAUCAACAUACAGUCCACCCCCAAAUAUUCAAACAAUUAAAGGAACAUACAAUAGCUGCCAUCGUUGUUUUUGCUCCAGAAUGGACUGCUGAAAAUCUCAUUAGGUCGGCAAUAAACGAGAAUAUCACCAACAAAGUGUGGAUAGCAUCAGAUGCAUGGUCCUUAAACAAGAAGCUCCGGAAGGAGAAAGGAAUCAGAAAUAUUGGCACUGUCAUCGGGGUUUCUGAACAAGGACUGACAAUACCUGGUUUCAGCGAUUUUAUCCAUUCUUCCCGAAGACAGACUCAUUGUGAAAAUGCAACACAAAAUACAUAUUGUAAUCAGGCUUGCAACUACAGCAGCCUAAGCGCAGAAGAUGUCCUUGCUGCCGACCCAUCUUUUAAUUUUCCUGUUUAUUCUGCUGUAUAUGCCAUCGCUCAUGCCAUACACAAUGCCUUGCAAUGUGGAUCCGGCAGAUGUAAUGAGAAUAUCACAGUGUAUCCAUACAUGGUUCUAGCGGAGCUAAAGAAGUCAAACUUUACACUUUUAAAUCAAAGCAUUCGGUUUGAUAAGAAUGGUGACCCUAACUACGGAUCAUAUUCUAUCAUUUACUGGAACCACAGUGGUGAUGCAGAGGAGAUCGGAUUUUAUCAUUUUAAACAAUCAGCCAAUUUAUCCAUCAAUGAAAGCAAAAUUCAGUGGUACAAAGAUGGAGAAGUGCCUAUUUCAGUGUGUUCCAAAGAAUGUCUUGAUGGAUAUUUGAAAAAGGAUACUGGAACCCACAGAUGCUGCUUCGAUUGCAAAAUCUGUCCAAAUGGAACUUAUGUCAACAAGUCAGGGGAUGCCUCCAAGUGUCUCGACUGCAAGGAGACAGAAUGGUCUGCAGCAGGAAGUACAGCAUGCAACCUGCGGGUGGUGGAGUACAUCCCGUUCACAGACACCGGGGCUGUACUGAUCAUGGUCGGGGCCUGGGCCUUGGUGGGCUUCACACUCACCGUAUCUGUUCUGUUUGCCAUCAACUACAACACACCUGUUGUCAGAUCUGCUGGGGGACCAAUGUGCUUCCUGAUUUUAGGCUGCCUCAGUCUGUGUAGUAUAAGUGUGUUCUUUUACUUUGGAAAGCCAACAACUUCCUUUUGCAACCUGAGGUUCUUACCAUUUCUCUUGUUCUACACGGUUUGUCUGGCCUGUUUCGUUGUGCGCUCUUUUCAAAUUGUUUUCAUUUUCAAAAUUGCCAGCAGGUUCCCCAAACUCCACGGUUGGUGGAUUAAAUAUCAUGGACAAUGGCUGGUCAUCACUGCGGCAUUCAGUAUUCAGGCACUCUUACUUCUUAUUGGCUAUUCUUGUGCCCCUCUUGAGACCACCAAGGAAAGAAGUUGGUACCCAGACAAAACCAUACUUGGUUGUGACAUUAAUCUCAAAGCCACCACUGGUCCUGUGCUUUUACUCUUGUCUUUGUGCUCCUUUUGCUUCAUUUUCUCCUACAUGGGAAAAGACCUCCCAAAAAAUUACAAUGAGGCUAAAGCAAUAACCUUCUGUCUGCUCCUGCUGAUCCUCACAUGGAUCAUAUUUGCUACUGUGGUUUUGCUUUACCGUGGAAAGUACAUCCCAAUACUUAACGCUCUGGCCAUACUCUCCAGUCUCUACUCCUUUUUGAUGUGGUACUUCCUCCCGAAAUGCUACAUCAUUGUUUUUCAAUCGUACAAAAAUACACAGGAAUACUUCCAAGGAAUCAUUCUGAAUUAUACCAAAACAAUCAGCCAGUAAAGGCUUAAAGUAAAUAUAUGUUACUGUUUAUAGAAGAAAUAUUGUGCUUCAAGCCCUCUGAUUUACGAAAAUUAUGAUAAUGCACUACAGUUUGCAAAACAUGUUUCCAGAGUAUAUAAAUGAGUGUAUACUGUGGAAACACUGAACAGAUCCGGAGCUGAUGGUAACUUUAUCCCUGCAUGGGAAUGAUCAAUCAGGGAAAGUUCUCAUUUUUCUCUCUGCCACAUUUACGGGAGAAAAUAUCAGAUUUUGGGCAAUCACAGCUGACGUUUAUGAAAAUUAGUUUUAUAUAAAUUGUAUUUAUGGUAUUAUGUGACUUAAUUACAGUUUUUUUGCAUCUGUUCUGUGUUUUUGUUUUGUUUGUCCCUUCACUGACCUUUUUAUUGUUUUUUACAUUCUAACACCUAUGGUCAAUGGGAACUUUGUUUGACUUUAGUUUUUCUUUGGCAAUCGCAACUUCAUUUGUAUUUGUCAUGGCUCAAUUAAGUCCUUUUAUUAUCUUAUUUAAGAGGUUCUACUAACAUACAUUUCUCAUUUGGUGGUGAACUGUUUUUUUAAGGAGAUUUCUAACUAAUUAACUGUCUUUGCGGCUGUGCAUUCUCUGUCUAUUUCUGAUUUUAUUACCUACUAGAACUGUUAAUAUCACAUCAAUUGGUUUACUUUUCUUCUCUUUUUCAAGGGGUAUCUUAUUCUACCUACAGCAUGGGGUCUAAUUGUGAAAGACAGGCCCCAUUUCUUGUGCAAAUAUCAAUACAUUCUUUUUGAUACUCUGAAGAUAAAACAGUGGAUCAUUUCAGAAAUGAAGAGACUGUUGCUGAUAUUCACCACCUCACCACACGAGGGAGCCACUUCACUAUGACGCUUUCUACAAGCUGGGAUAAAGCUAAACCCUGGAAAUACUGUGUAACACAACAUGUUGUCUUGUGAAUAAAAUUGCUGUGCUUAAUGUCA